AGAUCGUGUAGGGAAUAGGGAAGCGGGCACCGGGAUGCAUCCAUGGCAUCUCCUGCGAAGAGGGCAAAAAGGCCCAGAACAGUGGUGUAGACACCAGACAGUUCCGUCAUGCAAGCAGAGCGAGCGCAGGAAGAGCUGUUCGUUUGCUGAUGAUUUCGAGGUUCGUACAACUCUGCACGUCAAAACACUUUGGGUAGGCUUCGUGGCACUUCUAGGCUACGCUCUUUUAGCGGCGGGCCAACAGAGACGAGCUUUUGCAAGCCACUGCGGACGCUUGGGCUGAAGGGGGCGUCGUUCUACAGGCCCCGCUACUUAGGAGGAGACGAGCGCUGCCACUUCGGGGCCACAUGGACCAACACCUAGGCGACCGUAGUCGUGGGAUGGGAAUAUGUGACGGCGAGGAUGGACCCAAGUAAGACUAAUGGCACCGGCGUCUCGUGCUGGAGCGUAGUACUGGCACGGUGUGCGGAACGCUGCAAGAAUUUUGCAGCUGAUUUUCACGAUUUGGUGUUCUAUUCGAUUAACGAUUGAUUCCUACUGGAUUCAGUGGCCGCGGCUGUAGCAACGAGCGAGGAUGGCACGCUGCUGGAUCUCGUUUAUUGAAAUCCAAACACCUGGCAGGUGUUUCGAUGUGCAAGGAAAGGGAGACGCCCGAGAGUCAAGGACAAGGUAGUUUUAUACACGACACGAACAGCUCACUGAUAGCAGUUUGAAUCGUUACAAAGAAGAGAGACGGGGGUGGUAAAGAAGGCAUGUAGAUGAGUCAGUCUCUGUGUUGAAUUGAUCCAUGUACUUUCAAGUGCUGACUGAAAGACUGUUCGACAUAUCCCGACAUAUCCCGUUCAGUUACACCAUCGGUCAAGAACUUCGAGAUCAGUGAAAUUCACUACGUUUUUGGCUGGAUUGUUGAUCUGGUAGUAAGUAUAAUGGCUGGAAACGAUGCCCCUUCCUCCGGAGGUUUAGUUGGUCCUAUCCCAACGACCGUUUCUUUAGCUUCCUGUCCUGCUUUAGAAGCAAAGUCUAUUCUUCCGCCGGUUAGAGUCUUUAGAUCGACAUCCGUGGAGAAUCUGAACUCCACGCCUAAGGACCGCGCAUACUGGAGAGCAAAGAGUUUGCGCCGGCUCUUUUCCAUGAGAGAACCUGAAGAAGACUUGGAAGGGAGUGCAAGACUGCCUAUCGUCGAAGAGUCCAUAGAAUGCUUACGACGAAACGACUAUGGUGGUUAUACAAUUCCUGCUCACAACCUUUAUCCAUUCCAGUGGAACUGGGACUCGGCAAUUGUGGCUGCUGGAUGGGCUGUGUUUGACGAGGCAAGAGCAUGGGAAGAAUUUGAGAAGCUUUUUUCGGGGCAGUGGGAAGAUGGAAUGGUCCCAUCUAUCAUCUUCCACAGACCAUCAACAUCGUAUUUUCCAGGUCCAGAAAUCUGGGGCAGUCCUGCGGCUCCAAGUGAAAGCACUGGUAUCACACAGCCUCCAGUAGCUUCGGUGUCUGCACGCUUCUUGUUCGAGCACACAGAACAUGCGGAGCUUGCGGAAGAGCAAAUGGCAGAUCUUUUUCCCAAACUACUGGCCUCCCAUCGCUGGUGGUACAAGGCUAGAGAUCCUGAGAAGAAAGGAAUUGUCGCUAUUUUACAUCCAUGGGAAUCAGGGAUGGAUAAUAGUCCAGCAUGGGAUGCAGCUUUGCAAUUUCCAGUAGACAACCUUCCUCCAUACGAACGGAAGGACUUGCAGCAUGUAAAUGCUUGCAUGCGGCCGACGAAAGAGACAUACGACCAUUAUCUCACUCUUUUGUACAGGUUCAAAGCUGAAAACUAUUAUGAUUCGAACAAGUUAUAUUGGGUCUCUCCCUUUCGAAUGACAGAUCUUUGCACCAACAGCAUCCUUUUCCGUGCCAAUCGAGAUUUGAGAUGGCUCGCCAUAAAACUAGGAAAAACUGACGUUGUUGCGGAGAUAGACGAGUGGCUUGAAAGAGGCUUUGAGGGGUUCAAACAGCUGUGGGAUGAAGAUGCUGGUCUCUUUAAAUGUCAAGAUCAGCUUACUGGAAAGCUCGAUGAUGCUGCAACUUCGGCGGCCUUUCUCCCACUGUUUGCAGGUGUUGCGUCGAAGGAACAAGCUGCCAAGCUGGCUGAAAACUUGAAGCAAUGGCUAGAUAAGGUACCUUUUGGAGUGCCCAGUACCGACCCAAGAGAUCCUCGCUUUGAACCCCUACGAUACUGGCGAGGACCGGUUUGGAUUAUCAUCAACUGGAUGAUAUUCAACGGUCUGCGACAUUACGGGUACGAUGACCUCGCUCAGAGGAUAUACGACGAUUCCGUAGCCUUGACCAGUAACGCUGGCCUGAGAGAAUACUUCGACCCACAGACCGGUGACGGGGCUGGUGGUGAGCUCUUCUCCUGGACGGCGGCCAUGUGUUUAGCAUGGCUGGACAGGCCAAGUGCAAUUGCCAUUGGACAUAAAAUGAGUGGGCCAAAAAUACACCUAGACCAGGAAGUUAGCCCACCAAAGUAAGGCAUGCGUUUACACGUCCUUGUUAAACUUAUUAGUACAACAAUAUAGAAAUGAACGAUGUGUUUCUGGUGCAUCAAGAAGAUAUGAUGGCUUAUUCGACGCUCUUGCUCACAAGCAGCUGAGUUUGAGACCCCCACUUCGAAGCCAACCUCCUGGAGCCAGUAAAGAAAAUCAUGAUCCUUUUAUAAACAGGUUCAAGAGCCAUUUCUCAAAACGCGGCAACUUGGGCUGCUUGACCUUGGCAUUGUCUUCACCCGAAAUGCGUUGCGAAAUGUGUCCACUAAUUUUCAGCUAAACAGCUUUAUGUGCAGACUGCUGAUUUGGAUUGAUGCAUUCGAGUCAACGGCGAAAGCUAAGGCAGAGCGCAAGAGUCAAGUACGAAACUUUUGGUGACCUCCCAGGUCCCACCUCGGGACUGAAGAAAUAUGUUUAUCUCUUUUGCAACCAGUCUUAGCGAAAUUUGAAAAAUAUCACCUUGAUGAUGACGAGGUGAUAAUCAAUGUGAUAAUCUCCUGUAACAAAAGACCGGUUUCUUUGAGCAGGCUUGAGCAAGUUACGAGUAACAGGGAUUCUUUUUAAUCAUAUCUACGUCUUAACAUCAUCAGGCUGCUACCUUCUGAAGGUUUGCUACACACAAAUGGUGAAAUCUGGGAUACUC